AUGCCCGGUAAUGUUCGUGUCUUGUUGUUCUUGCUGAUGCUCUCUUACGUGUCGAUCCUCAGUGGGGACGGAAGACUUUCAUCAGUUUCUUUUAAUCACGCAUUGGUCCGAGAGUUGAUACUGAUUACCAUAGGUCGCGAAGGAAUGUCGGGUAGCACAUCCCAGCACUGGAGUGAUAAUCCGAUACGAGCAGUACCCCGAUUGGGUAAGAGGCCAGCAGGUAAAAAGAGUAUCGUUUUUGAAGAAAUCGUGCCAGUUGCUGGCGAUAAACGUGCAGCCCGGCCGAGGACCUCGUCUUACUCGUCAAGUUCUCUCAAAUAUGGUUCGAGCGACGUUCAUCAGCAGGGAACGGAUGGAAUCCAUGAGGAGGGAUUCAUCAAGGGUUACAUCGGUCGAGUGUCGGCGCUGCUCGACGAAACGGAUGGUGUUAGUCCGUUGACGGAUGACAGAAACCGAACCGAUUCGUGGGGUUCACUUCCGGCGUCUGACCCAUUUCUGGUUCUUGCAAGCGUCUCCAAGGAUCCUAGGAAAAGUUUUGAAUCGGAAUCGAGGGAAGAUGAGGUUGCGUACUUCCUACAGAAAAUCUGUUAG